AUGCUGGCCCGCAGCCUCGGCCUGCUGCUCCUGCUCGCCUUUGUCCAGUGUGCCCUCUGCGCCGAGGAUUACUACAAGAUUCUCGGUGUCGACAAGUCGGCGACGGACAAGCAGCUCAAGUCGGCCUAUCGUCAGCUGUCGAAGAAAUUUCAUCCCGACAAGAAUCCAAAGGACAGCAGCGCCCAUGACAAGUUCGUCGAAGUCUCGGAGGCGUACGACGUCCUCUCCGACGCGAGCCUCCGCAGCGUCUACGACCAGCACGGCCACGAGGGCGUCAAGCAGCACCGGCAGGGCAACACGGGCGGCGGCCACGAUCCCUUUGACCUCUUCAGCCGCUUCUUCGGCGGCCACGGCCAUUUCGGCAAGACGUCGACGGAGCCCCGCGGCCACAACGUCGACGUCCGCGUCGAGAUCAGCCUCCGCGACUUCUACAACGGCGCCACCACCAACUUCCAGUGGGAUCGCCAGCACAUCUGCGAGGCCUGCGAGGGCAGCGGCAGCGCCGACGGCGAGGUGGAAAAGUGCAGCGGCUGCAACGGCCACGGCAUCCGCAUCAUGAAGCAGCAGCUCGCCCCCGGCAUGUUCCAGCAGAUGCAGGUCCGCUGCGAGUUCUGCGGCGGCCGGGGCAAGAGCAUACGGAACAAGUGCACCAGGUGCCACGGCGCGCGCGUCGAGCGCAAGCCGACCACCGUCACCCUCAAGGUCCAGCCCGGCACCGCGCGCGAGGCCCGCGUCGUCUUCGAGAACGAGGCCGACGAGAGCCCCGACUGGGUCGCCGGCGACCUCAUCGUCACCAUCGCCGAGAAGGGGCCGUCGGCGGGCGAGAACCCCGACGGCGUCGACGGCAUCUUCUUCCGCCGCAAGGGCGACGACCUCUACUGGACCGAGGUGCUCUCCCUGCGCGAGGCCUGGAUGGGCGACUGGUCUCGCAACCUCACCCACCUCGACGCCCACCCGGUGCGCCUCGGCCGCUCGCGCGGUCAGAUCGUCCACCCGGGCCACGUCGAGACUGUCGUCGGCCAGGGGAUGCCCCGAUGGCACGAGGACGGCGACAGCGUCUACCACAAGACCGAGUUUGGCAACCUCUACGUCACCUACGAGGUCGUCCUGCCCGACGAGAUGGACAAGACCAUGGAGAGCGAGUUCUGGACCCUCUGGGAGAAGUGGCGGCACGACAAGGGCGUGGACCUCGCCGCCGACGGCAGGAGGGCGUCGUCGCCCGUGGCCAAGGACGAGCUGUGA